UGUCAGCUGUCAACGGGUGGUUCGGUCGCCGGUGCCGUCAAACUGAACAAACAGGCGGCGGAGAUAGCGGUGAAUUGGGCGGGAGGUCUACAUCACGCCAAGAAGUCCGAGGCGUCCGGCUUUUGCUACGUUAACGACAUUGUGUUAGCCAUUCUGGAGCUCCUGAAGUAUCACCAAAGGGUGCUCUACAUCGACAUUGACAUACAUCACGGCGACGGUGUCGAAGAGGCCUUCUAUACGACCGAUCGAGUGAUGACCGUCUCGUUCCACAAAUACGGCGAAUACUUUCCCGGAACCGGAGAUCUGCGAGACAUAGGGGCGGGAAAAGGCAAGUACUAUGCCGUCAACUUUCCGCUUAGGGAUGGCAUCGACGACGACGCCUACGAAAGCAUUUUCCAACCCCUCAUAUCAAAGGUGAUGGAGAUGUAUCAGCCGAGCGCUGUUGUGCUCCAGUGUGGCGCUGACUCGCUGUCUGGCGACCGAUUGGGAUGUUUUAAUCUCACGCUUAAAGGACACGGAAAGUGUGUUGAGUUCGUCAAGAAGUUUAACACACCGUUACUAUUAGUGGGCGGCGGCGGGUAUACCAUACGUAAUGUCGCCCGUUGUUGGACUCACGAGACAGCAGUUGCCCUCAAUUCCGACAUCGCUAACGAACUUCCAUAUAAUGAUUACUUUGAAUAUUUUGGACCCGAUUUCAAGUUACACAUCAGUCCAUCAAAUAUGACGAAUCAAAACACCGCCGAAUAUUUGGAGAAAAUUAAGACGCGGUUGUUUGAAAACCUACGAAUGCUUCCGCACGCGCCGGGCGUUCAGAUGCAACCGAUUCCUGAAGACGCUAUCGAUCAGGAGAGCGAAGACGAGGACAAACAGGACGGCGACGAACGCAUUAGUAUCAGAGCGUCGGAGAAGCGAAUCGCCAGAGACGACGAGUUCUCCGACAGUGAGGACGAGGGCGACGGCCGGCGCGACAAUCGAUCUCAUAAACCAAAAGCUAAGAAGUCUAAAGUGGAAGCGAACAGCACUUCGGCUUCAAAUGCCAACAAUAAUGAGACAAAAGACAAGAAUAACGACGAGUUGAAGAAAAAAGACGAACCAAUCGCCGACUCGACUGAUAAGAAGCCGACCACUGCUGACACUCCGGCCGAAGUGGCGGAACCCGAACCACUGAAAGCAGGCGAUGAAAAGUCCGAAUCAACUAAAAUUGAGUCUUCGUCGCCGAACUCGCAAACCGUUGGCCCAACGCCUGGACCUAAAGGUGAUGUCGUCGAGAAGGAGAAGAAGACUUCGUCGUGAUCUUAAUGUUUGGUUAUAUUAAUACAAUUGACAUACUUUUGAAUCAUUAAUUAAAAGUUAGAUUUAAUUUUCAUUAUUUAUUGCUUCAAUACAUUUGAAGCGAUCUUUUUCUAUACUAUCAUUCAUUCAAAUCAUUUUCUAAC